ACACAGAAUGUAUCGUAAAAUGCUACAAAGUACGAUACUUAAGCAAAAUAAAACAUGAAAUAAAGUAAAACAAUCACAGAAUAAUGUUACGAUUUUCGGUACAAGCUAUACUGAGCUGAUUAUUAUAAGGGAAAGUGUUGUCUGUCGUAUUCACUUGGAUACGGUUGAACCAUGUAAACAAUACUCUUUGUGUGUAAAAUUUGGGAUAUUUUCUGUGUUUGAAGAGUUCUCGCUGUGCGCUGGUCGGCCAUCUUGAAAAAUAAAUUGUGAAGGUCGUAUUUCCAGCUUUCCUGCGAGACGGCAGUUCAGAUGCAGUCGUCCUGUGUGUCAGAAAGCUGGUGAUCAAAAUGGUUGAAGGCAGUACCCAAGAAAGUACAUUUACAAAGUUGUGAGGAGUAACCUAGCCUAUAUAACCUGAAGCUCACCCAAUAUGCAGUGUGUUCUGCUUUGUCAAUAACAACUCUGUAUGGCUGGUCUGACCUCAGUGGAAGUUGUUCGUUUAAAUGGUUUCGGGACAUUGAAGUAAAACAACACGAGAAUGUCCCACCAAGAGUGAAGGGCUGCCUGUUUGCUUCAGAUUCCCAGUCCUCCUCGCUGAUGAUUUCUGAAGUCCUUACGCAGUCACCCCAGUCUUCAACCUCAGUUUGUACAGCUCUGUAUGGCUGGUCUGACCUCAGUGGAAGUUGUUCGUUUAAAUGGUUUCGGGACAUUGAAGUAAAACAACACGAGAAUGUCCCACCAAGAGUGAAGGGCUGCCUGUUUGCUUCAGAUUCCCAGUCCUCCUCGCUGAUGAUUUCUGAAGUCCUUACGCAGUCACCCCAGUCUUCAACCUCAGUUUGUACAGCUCUGUAUGGCUGGUCUGACCUCAGUGGAAGUUGUUCGUUUAAAUGGUUUCGGGACAUUGAAGUAAAACAACACGAGAAUGUCCCACCAAGAGUGAAGGGCUGCCUGUUUGCUUCAGAUUCCCAGUCCUCCUCGCUGAUGAUUUCUGAAGUCCUUACGCAGUCACCCCAGUCUUCAACCUCAGUUUGUACAGAUGAGAUGCCAUACACAGGGGAUCCGACAGAAGACAGCAGACAGAAUUCGUCGAUCCAUUUGAAAUGUCAUUGUUUAUUUGAAAAAAGAUACCUAUCCACACUUGUUCGUUUUAAAAUAUUGUUUGUAUUAUAUGUGCUUUGUACCGUUGCUUUUUGUUUAUCAGUAAUUCUCCAACACUUGUAUUUCGUGUUUUACAUGAACAUUGAAAAUUUAUCAUACAGUAAAUCAUUUCGAAAAUGAAAUUUAAAUGGAGAAAUACUGAUUUAUCUGUUUGCUUUUAAUGUUUGUGCUGUCUUGCUUACCCCAGUAACGCGGGUCUUGUUUGCUAUUGUGAGUACUGUUGUUAUUUUUUUUGGCCAUCCAAAGUAUUGUUCACGAAAGAUAACACAUUUUUUUCAUAAAAUUGGUUACAUUUUGGUCUGUCGAUUUUUUUCAAUGAAACCACAGUCAAACGGUUUUUCACUAUAUUUUUUUUAUGAGAAACAGCCAGACUUGGUCACGGCUGAAACCGAGGAACAU